CGAACCAAAUUCCCUCCUUCCUUCGUCUCUUCCCUCGUUUUCUGCUCACUUCUCUCUCCCGCUUUUUUAUUUUUUUGUUAUUUAUUUUUUCCCUCUCCUCCCAAACCAAACACACGCACAGAUCUCUUCCGAUUCUCACCCAAUUCCACGAAUCAUUCUCUCGCGAUUUCUCACGUCUACUCACUCUGUAGAUCCUCUCUAUCUUUCUAGCUGAAGCAGCCAAAAACCCUUGAAAGAAUUUUCGAUUUUUCUACUCUUACAGUUCUUUUUUGUGUGUUCGUUUACCUCUGAUGUCAAAUUCGCAACCGCCAAAUCCAUCCACCAGGCAGGCGCAGCAGAGCUCCAUGCAAAAUACCUUGAAACGGCAGCUCCCUUUUUCUUCUAUGAAGCCGCCGUUUUUUCCUCCCGGUGACUAUCACCGCUUUGGAAAUGAGCCCCGCCGAGUUCCAGAUCAUGAAGUUGAGGCCAUCGUUGUUAAACCUCCCCCAUUAAAGCGGAAGAGUGAUGCAACAGAACAUGAAGCUGAAUCUAGUGAGUGGAAUACUGGUCCUGGAUUCACAGAAGUAGUUACCAGUCCUCUCCAAACACCUGUAUCUGGAAAAGGGGGAAAGGUACCCAAAACUUCAAGGCUUUCAAAGAGCAGUAAAUCUGGACCUCAGAAUGCUGCAUCAAGUCUUGGUUCUCCAGCAAAUAAUCUUACACCAACUGGUCCCUGCCGUUAUGAUAGCUCCUUAGGUCUCUUGACAAAAAAGUUCAUCAAUUUGAUCAAACAUGCUGAAGAUGGUAUUCUUGAUCUUAAUAAAGCUGCUGACACUUUAGAGGUGCAAAAGCGGCGGAUAUAUGACAUAACUAAUGUUCUAGAAGGAAUUGGUCUUAUAGAAAAGAAGCUCAAGAACAGAAUUCAGUGGAAGGGACUUGAUGUCUCAAGGCCAGGAGAAGCAGAUGAUAAUGUUGCUAGUUUGCAGGCAGAAGUUGAAAACCUUAACCUUCAGGAACGCAGAUUAGAUGAACAAAUAAGAGAGAUGCAAGAACGAUUAAGGGAUCUCAGUGAAGAUGAAAAUAAUCAAAAGUGGCUUUUUGUCACUGAGGAAGACAUCAAGAGCUUACCCUCUCUCCAGAACGAAACAUUAAUAGCAAUUAAAGCUCCACAUGGAACCACUCUGGAAGUCCCAGAUCCUGAUGAGCAGGCUGUUGACUACCCUCAGAGGAGAUACAGGAUAGUUCUUAGAAGUACGAUGGGUCCCAUAGAUGUUUAUCUUGUUAGUCAAUUUGAGGAGAAAUUUGAAGAGAUUCAAGGUGUUGAGCCACCUCCAAACUAUCCAUCAAGUUCAGGAUUUAAUGAAAAUAUGGACACUACAAUGAUCCCAGGAGAGAGUAGAGGAAAGGAGAUUGAAAUGCAAGGACAAGAUUCUAAUAGAAUGUGCUCAGAUCUCACCACCUCUCAGGACUUUGUGAGUGGGCUUAUGAAGAUUGUUCCUUCAGAAGUAGAUAGUGAUGCAGAUUACUGGCUUCUUUCAGAUGCUGAUGUUAGCAUCACAGACAUGUGGCGAACUGAACCUGGAGUUGAGUGGAAUGAGUUUGGUACACUUCAAGAUGACUAUGGCAUGGCAAAUGUCAGCACACCUCAGCCCCAAACUCCACCACUGAAUCCAGCGGAAGUGCCUCCAAAUGCUAAUACUACUGCAGGCUAAUAUGUAAAAAUGUGUAUGAGUAGAGACGGAUAACAGGGGCUUUUUAUUUUCUUUUUGUCGAGACUCGAGAAGAUAUGAUGCCUAAGCAUCUCCUGAGCAUUAUGAAUGCUCUGAAGGUCGGAUUGGUGGUUCCUGGGAGUUGCAUCAUAAAUGUUCCUUUCAAGUCCCUCAGAGGAACUAACUGAAAAAUAGGAAGUAGCUCGUGCAUUGUACAGCUUGGUCAAGUAAGAUAUGCAAAUCCAUGUAACCCUGGAAGAUACCAGGUCAAUAAUGUAAUUUUUGUGCUCAUCCUUGUAUACUACUGCAAUUUCAGCUUUGUUAUACUCUCAGUACCUUGGCUUGGCAUGUGGUCAGUCUGUAAAAUGAUGUAAGAUAUAGAAUUAUGUGAUAGCAAAUAUUUGAUCUCAAUCAUGAUGUGAAGUGUGUCAUUUAUCAGAAAUUAUGAUAUUGCAACCUUCCUCAAGCUUCAACUCUUGAAUUGCAAACAAAGGGCAUUAAAUGGCUUGGCUCAGUUCAAGUUUUCCAAAUCAAAAGUAGAUUUUACAAAUAAAAUACUUACAUUCUCUAAAAAAAAAAAAAAUAGAAAAAAAAAAAAAAAAAAAAA